AGGUAUGCACGUGACUGCAUUUUUACAUAAAUAACCUUUAAAACGACAAGUAAUCAUGCACGUCUUUCGUUUUCUGUGUCUUCUUCUUUCUCAAUCAUUGUGUUGUUCAAGUUCUUCUAACCAAUUUAAGAGAGUCGAAUCGUGUCCAGAAAGCUCCGAACAAUGGACAAAUCGCGAGCAGAUGAAGAAUUGUCGGCAAUUUAAAGCAACGCCAGAUUUCAUGUGUGCCGCCAUUGAGGGACAACCCGGAAUUUUUGGAGAAAUAUGUACUGUUGUAGGAUUAUCAACUGCAGGUAAAUGUGCAGUGUUAGAUGCUGAUACGUAUAAUUUAAACUUCAUCUCAUGCGAUGCGUCUCCGGGCUGCCCAACAACAGCAUACAGAGCCUCAGACAUUUAUAAAUAUCAGGCAUGCUUUGAAAACUUUUACAGGGUUGAGACAACGACAUCCAAUAAAGCAUCAAUCACUCUGCAUGUGAAUGGAAACACUACAAUAGGCGAUUCUACAUCCAACGAGAAGAAUACUGUCACAGUUGUUAUUGUGACUUUAAUCAUAAAUGUGUUAAUACUUUCAUUUUUUAUCAUUUUAUUCUGGGUUCGAAAGAAGAGAAAGGAGACAGAACAUUCAAAGCCCUUUGAGAUCGCAACAUUUCUGGAUCCGAAAAAAGAUGCAGAAAACUCCAAAUCCUACGAGAUCGUAACAUGUCUGGAUCCGAAGAUAGAUGCAGAUAAAGAUACAGCAGAGGCAUUUAAAUAUAUUACUACAUUGGCAAACUAUAUCCGAUAUCGUCUUGUCGCUUUGUGUGAUGAAACCAACCUCAGAAAUAAAUUGCUACUUCAUUCAGAAUCCCUUAAACAAAAUUUUGAUGAAAAAACGAUUACUCAAUUGAUGUCUUCCAGUUUAGAUGAGCUGAUGAAGUCCAGUCUGAAUAUAAUUUACAUGCUGCUGACUAAUUUUUGUAACAUUCCAACUCCUCGUCGAGGCUGGGGGUACAGGCCUGAUGACGAUGAUGAGUCUCUGGGAGCUGAUAUUGAAAGAAUUAGAACCUUUAUUAAUGAAUACGUGGAUACCAGAAGUUGCUUUUUAAAGGAGAUGAAGAUGGUGAAAGAAAGAUUGCUUUCGAAAUACGAGAAAAUUGAAUUGGAUAUGGACUUUGAUUUAAGCCACGAGCAGAAAAUCAAUUAUGUUAAAAUCAAACCAGAUUGCAUAGAAGACGACGGAAUUGUCGUGACCAAAGCUAUUGAAGAGAUUUUAAAACAUCUCGAUUCAAAGGGAAUCGCAAUCUGUGUGGGAUCCAUUGGGUGUGGAAAGACAACUGCUUUAGAUUAUGUAUCAAAGAAGUACAAAGAAGAAGGAUGGCAGAUUGAAUGUUGUGACAAUUUCAAUUUUGUAGAAAAAUCACGUAUUGAUGCUGCGCUUACAACAAGGAAAACGGUUCUUUUUUGUGAUAAUCUAUUCGGAACUUUCGGAUGCCAGGUGUUUUCCAAACAAGUAUUCAGAGAUUUUGAAUAUGUUAUUCGUACAUUGUUAAAUCAAGAUAAAAAUAAACUUAAAAUACUUCUUGGUAUCCAUGUUCAUGUUUUGGAUGAAAUCAAUAGAAUCGGGUGUGGCAGUACCCUCCAAGAUAAAAGUAGGAUUAUAGAAUUGGACAAUCUUUCAAAAUCGGAAAUACUUCACAUUUAUCAAUUACAGCAAAGAAGUAGUAAUUGUAACCAACUACCUACGUCAUACACGGAUGUACUGGAUUUUCUUGAAUAUAGUUCCGAUUCUAUUGGAAAACCAUUUAGACCUUAA